GACGUCACUUGUCCCGCUAACUUGUCCAGAUCUCAACAUUUCACGGUCGUCGUCGUCGUCCUCAUCCAUCUCUCACCUAUCACCAUGACCGACAAACAUCAUCUUCUCCCAACCCUUUCCGAUGCCGUUCCCUUCUCGAGACCUGGAACUCCUGGAGCCCACGGACCUCUUGCCAUUGGUUUCGUGGGGUUGGGUGCGAUGGGCCGACCGAUGGCUCGUAAUCUUGCCCAUUAUCGUGCCUUGCAUUCUCCAGGUGCACCUCCUCAGCUUGUCUGGAAUAGGACUAUAUCGAAGGCAGAGAAGCUCGUUGCUGAGCUCGGCGAGGACAAAGUGCAGGUUGCUCAGACUCCGGGCGAGAUCGCUCUCGAAUGCGACAUAAUCAUCACCUCUCUGUCAGGCGACGAGGGUGUCAAAGCCAUGUACCAACAGUUUGCGGCUGCUCUUCAGCAAUCCAAACCGACUCGUAACAAGAUCUUCGUUGACACCAGCACCAUAUACCCCACACUAGCCGGCGAGCUCGAUGCUAUCAUCUCUGCCAUUCCCCACUGUCAUCUCGUAACCGCACCCGUUCUGGGCCCACCUGCAAGUGCUGAAGACGCAUCCCUGGUUAUCUGCAUGAGCGGAGACUACCGAUCUAAGAAGGAACUGGCCCAUCUACUUGUACCGGCUGUCGGGAGGAAGGUCUACGAUCUCGGCGGAAACUUGGAGAAAGCUCCCACCUUUAAACUUAUUGGAAACUCAAUUAUUCUCGGGUCUCUCGAGGUUCUCGCUGAGGCGUUCACCAUGGGCGAGAAGUCUAACAUCGGCCAGGACAUGGUCUACCAAUUCAUCAAAGAUAUGAUGCCUGCACCUCUUCUACUCGCCUAUGGUGACAAGAUGCUCCACGACAAGUUCGAUGGCUCAAAGGGUUUUGCGAUUGACGGUGGAAUCAAGGACGCUACUCACAUUCGUAAACUCACGGCGGAGCAUAACAGCCCCAUGCCCGUUGUCGACACGGCGCACCAGCACCUUCUCACUGCUCGUGCUCUGCAUGCACAGGCUGAGAGGGCUGGUAAUGCUACUUUCCCUAUUCUCGAUUGGUCGGCGCUUGUCGCAGGGACAAGGGCUGCAGCUGGGCUGGAUGCUUUGGACAGCAACAAGCACUCUGGUCUCGUGAGGGAAGAUUGAGGUGAUAUGAUAGACGAGCGGUAGGCAACUUCGGACAAUGAAGCAUAAAGUGUAAACGUGAAUGUAUAUUUUCGUGUGUAUUUGAAGAACAUCGAACUCCUUGUACUCCACUCAUUCGGGCGUUGUUGAGCUUUGAGAAUAAUCCUACAGCACGACAACCCUCUUCAGCGCAUCGAGCGUCGUAUCAGGCGACAUGUUGAACGCAAACUUCGCCUGAGGCGCAUACUCCCUGACCGCAUUUAUCAACGCCUCAAAAGUGACUGUCUCCUUCGGUGUGCCCCUGACUCCCCAUCCAAACAUCACCGUCUCCCACUUCUUCUCCUGCAACUUCUGUUUCCACUCCUCGAGUGUCGUGUCGAGAUCUGUCGUCUCGAUGAAGAACCCUUCGAUGGGAUAGCCUGCUGAGGCGAGCGAGGCGAAGCUGCUGGUUAUGGCUGUUUGUAUACGCUCUGGGGUAUAACCGGAAGUGGCAAUCAUGGGGUGGUUCCAGUGAAAGCCUACGCCCAGGAUAAGAGGGGCCAUUGUUUUUUGUUGGAGGGUAGGAGAGGAAGAGUUUU